UUUACAAUAAUACUCCGUUCAGCUAACCACUCCUCGGCGAGAAACCUGCCGAUACGCCCCUUCAUGAUCACGAAGACGGAGGAGCUCGGCAGGCUUAUUAAGACUUCGCCGCCGCGGUCCGAUGAUGGGAAGAAAGAUGGAAAGUAUGAAGGAGACGACGACAAGGAGAAGUUCUGCUCGGUAAGAAGCUGCUUCUCUCGGUGCUCUAUUGGCGAUGAAGACUGCUUCUUGAGUGGGAGGACGGAGGAGGCGCUGGCGACGUUGUCGGAGGAAUGGUUCGGUGAGUGUGAAGGGUGGCCGUUUGGGCUGUGGCGGCGGCGGAAGAUAUUGUCGUGGCCACCAUUGCCAAAGUCGCCGGCGGAUUCCUGGACUUGGCAUAAGAGGAAUCUGAGUAAUGUUAAGGUUUAGCCCGAUGAUCGGCUGCUUUAAAACUGGAGUAUUAGUUUGAAGGGAAUUAGAGGAUCAGCAACGGCAUACGGGAAAAAUAAAAUGAAAGAGUAUUUUCAUCUGGGCCAAUUUUAAAAUGUUUAUAUUUGUAUAAAAAUAAAUUCGAAAAUUUUAUCUUUUAUUCUUUUAUUUUCCUCCAGGUGAUCUACCACCACUUCAAGAAA